AUGGCGGGCACCAGACCGGUGCCAGCAUACUGCGAGGACGCCAAUUCCGACGAUAGCGAUACGCAGACCGACACCCGCAAUCGCCACAGCAGCGGCGGCCAUGCCAACGUGGCCGCCAAACGCUCCCAUCCCUCCGACCUAAACAACGUCAAGCCGGUCGAGGUCGUCGGGCCAGACGCCGCCUCAGACAGCGGGUACUCGAGCCACACCGCCGCUACCAUGAGCAGUGCUGAUUCUGCCCAAAGUCACCAGUCGAGUCCACCGACGAGCGCUGGCACUGGCCCGGCACCGAGUCCGAGCAGGAGGAGGCCGACCCUCGACAACACCAGAGAACGCAGCAGUCAGAGCAGCCCGCGGAAGCCGCUCGUGCGCGUCGGGUCGUCGGCGCGGAGGGCUGAGAGGGAGGAGGAAUGCACCGUUCCGAACUGCGAGUGUAAGCAGAGUCAGAGCCAGCGACGCCGCCGACCGCAGCUCUCUUCGCUGGACUCGGCCGUCGAUGUCAGAUACCCAUCAUCCUACGACCAGCGUUCACAGCGCUCCGACUAUCCUCCGCCGUCGCCGCAGGCUUCACGUCAGCCGCCGCCCUACGCCCAGGGCUCAGCCAUCAUCCAGCCAGCCUCAUCUGUCCGUCGUCGAACAUCUUCUACCUCGCGGCCUCGCCCCGUCAGCUAUCAUUCAGGGGCCCCCUCUGAAGCAGGAGGAUACUGGGUUCCCGGCAUGCUCUACCCAGAUCGAGGGCCACCUCCCUCCAUGUCAGCUCACUUCACCGGCCCAUCACCUAUGCAGCCAUUUCCCACCAUCGGCCAAACUCCACCCGGCAAUUACUAUCCUCCUGGGCAUCCCAUGUACUCAGCACCCUAUGAUCCGUCCCGACCACCUCUCAUCCAGCGAAAUUCUUCCCAAUACAGCACCCGGCGACCGACCUCCCAGUACGGUGCACCGGUUAUAUCCUACGAACAGCAACCGUAUCGUGAACCGAGUGUUUCGACUCGUCCUCCUCCGAGUGCUCGCUAUGACUCCAGACAGUCUCCCACUUUCGAGAGCUCAAGCUCCGAAGAAAGCGAAUCUGAGGAGGAGACCGAUCGGCGUCGCAUGCCGCCUCCACAACGACGGCCAAGCAUCCGCCAGUCAAACCCGAACUCUUACGAUCGCAUGAGCCAGUCUCAACAACUCCCGCCGCGACCGCGAGAACGUGAACGAGAACGAGAACGUGACUACGAGUCCCGUCCACCUCGCCCAACAAGCCGUCCACCGCGUCCCGCAAGCACUGUCCCGCCUCGUACCUCCUCUCUUCGUCGACCCUCGCUAGUUCAACGAGAUGUGCCGAAAUCCGUUUCCUACUCAAAUUCAGCCGGCAAUGCUAAGGUCGUCGUCGAGGCUGCCAAAUCUCGACGGCGACAGUCCUACAUGGGACACGAGCUGGCGUGCGAAUUGGAGUCCAAGUCACGAAACAACCACCCCCUUUAUCGUGGGGAGACCGUUGUCAACAGUAGCCAACCGAGACGCCGCCAAACUGAUGCCGACGGCCGUCGACGCGAUGAGAAUUUCGUGGACACCAAAAAACGUGAUGCCGAAGCAUACCAGCAGCGCAUGCGCGGAGAGCCCGUUCUCCCACUUACGGAGCAAUUGCUCAAAGCAUCUAAAAAAUCGUCACGUGUUCCCUCUGGCGGAUCGGAAGCUGGUUCCACCCGUAGCAAGAAUUCCCACGACCGAGCCAGCCGCGUGAGCCAAUCCGGCCAUUCCGUCGUCACCAACUCUGGAAACGGGGAAAUCAAGCUCCGGGUCGAUGGUGGGACCAGCUUCAACCUGCAACUCUCAGGCGGCGAACGGACCAUCCGUGUAGAAGAAGCAGAGGACGGUAUGCGCGAGCUGACCAUCGCAACCCCACGAGGAAACGAGGUCAACUACAACAAGAGCGAAAGGGGCAGCAUAGCGGGAUCACGACGACCCCUCAUCAUGUCAAGACGAGACGCUGAGGAGGACAGCAUCAGGAGCACGAGAAGUAGCCGCAGCGGCCGAGCUGAGACUGAGCGGCGUCCUCUUCGACGAGAGAGAUACGAGGACUAG